AUGGCGAGGCUGCCUCGUGUUCCACGUGAUCAGAGGAAACGCCACGCCCCCUCAUGAGUUGAUACACGUCACCGCUAUUGAGCUGGCGGUGGAGGAGGAGAGGGAGACGUGUCCACAGUUCAGCUCUGUGACCCGGAAGGGAAAUCGUGGCGUUCCGGCUCAAGAUGGCGCCUCCCACGCCACUCCUGGCAGUGCGAGGAUCUGAAGGACUAUAUAUGGUAAAUGGUCCUCCACAGUUCACAGAGAAUACAUCAUUUCAGAGGGAAUCUGGAAAAAACAGCAAAGCUUUUGCCUUCAGCAGAGAUGGUUCCCAUUUUGCUUGGUGCAAUGGAGAGCAAGUAAACAUUGUGAAUGUCACCAGCCACAAUGUGCUGCAAUCCUUUGAUCUGCCAAAGACAGUUUGCCUUGGAUUCUCUCCAAAGAGCAGUGUCCUAGUAACGUGGCAGCCCUAUACAACUGCAAAAGAUGGUGCUGCAGGGACACCCAACCUUCAAAUUUUUGAUGUUAAAACUGGAGAAUGCUUGAAGUCUUUCAUCCAGAAAAAGAUGCAGAAUUGGUGUCCUUGCUGGUCAGAUGAUGAAAGUAUAUGUGCCAGGGCUGUUAACAAUGAACUGCACUUCUUUGAAAACAACAACUUCAGUACAUUUGCGAAUAAACUUCAUUUACAGAAAGUCACUGAUUUUGUGUUGUCACCAGGAGAUCAACUAACCAAGGUUGCUGUGUAUGUUCCUGGAAGCAAAGGGGCUCCAUCAUUCGUAAGGCUCUACCAGUACCCUAACUUUGGAGGCACACAAUCUGCAUUGGCCAACAAGAGUUUCUUCAAAGCUGAUAAGGCCACAAUGCUGUGGAAUAGUAACGCCACUGCUGUGCUCGUAAUAGCUAGUACUGAAGUGGAUAAAACAGGAGCAUCCUAUUACGGAGAACAAACUCUGCAUUACAUUGGAACAAAUGGGGAAACUGCUGUUGUACAAUUACCAAAAAAUGGUCCUAUUUAUGAUGUAGCCUGGAAUCCCAAUGCCACAGAGUUCUGUGUUGUGUAUGGUUUCAUGCCUGCCAAAGCUACUAUCUUCAAUCUAAAAUGUGAUCCUGUUUUUGACUUUGGGACUGGUCCUCACAAUGCUGCCUACUACAGCCCCCAAGGACACAUCUUAGUAUUAGCUGGAUUUGGGAAUCUUAGUGGACAGCUGGAUGUGUGGGAUGUUAAAAACUACAAACUGAUUGCCAAACCACAGGCCCCCGAUUCAACUUAUUUUGCAUGGUGCCCUGAUGGGGAACACAUUGUAACUGCAACAUGUUCUCCCAGGCUUCGAGUUGGGAAUGGGUACAAAAUCUGGCAUUACUCUGGUUCCGUACUAUACAAAUAUGAAGUCGAGCAAAACACAGAACUUUGGCAAGUUGCCUGGCAACCCUUUUUGGAUGGAGUAUUUCCAGCAAAGCCAGUAAGGUAUCACGCUGUCCCGAGCAAAGUGCCAAAUGAUGAACCAAAGCCUGCCCAAGCUUAUAGGCCCCCUGCUCUGAGAAACAAAGCCGUAACUAGUUCUAAACUUCAUGAGGAUGAGCCACCACAGAACAUGAGGUCACAUAAUGAUAAGGCAUUAUCGAAAACAGCACUCAAGAAUCAAAGGAAGCAUGAGGCAAAGAAAGUUGCUAAACAGGAGGCCAGGGCUGAAGGGAACCAGGAAAGUGUGUCAGCCACAGCAGUACAGAAUGCAUUGCACAAUAUGACACCCUCUGUAACAUCCGGAGAUCCUGAAGUGGAUAAGAAAAUAAAGAAUCUGAAAAAGAAGCUAAAAGCGAUUGAACAGCUGAAAGAUCAAGCUGCUACAGGCAAACAGCUAGAGAAAAACCAGCUGGAGAAAAUUCAGAAGGAGGCUGCCCUCCUGAAGGAGCUUCAAGAUUUGGAACUGGGUCUUUAGAACAACAGAAAAAUUGCAGUUUAGUUCUAUGGAAUCACCGAAUAAUAAAUGACUUCAAAUGUUCAUUUUUAAAUACUUACAAAACAGUUCCAUUUUAUUACAUUGUCCCUAAUAUCUGAAUAAUUGCUGAAUUUAACAAGGAUUGUAAUUCAUAACCAGGCAAAUCAGUUACUUUGGUUUCAAAACAUAUUGGUGAACUCCACAAUAAAGUAUGUUGGGUCCUCUUCUUACUUUUUUGGACAAGUAUUCUGUUUCAUCUGCAGAUGUGAACCUUAUGCAACAAUAAGGUGUAUAAUGUAAUAAAAGAGCAGUUGUUGGUAA